AUGAAGCCUGUGCAGUUCCUGCUGGUGGUGAGCCUAGCACUGCAGGUGCCUGGGAGUCUCAGGCAUCGCUUCCUAAAGUAUAUCUUGGAACCUCCGCCCUGCAGAUGGGACCCUGAAAACUGCACCCAGUUUUGUACCCUGCAGGAAGAUUGCCAGAAAGGACUUCAGUGCUGUUCUGCCUUCUGCGGGAUAGUCUGUUCAAAGAAUCAAAUGCCAAAACGCCGUAGGAUAAAACACAAAAGCUUGGAAAUCACCACACAUGACAACUGA